AGCGACCUGUGUGCCUUGCAGCGAUCGCUUUGUGGAGCCGCUGGUGCUCACUUUUGAGCGGAGGCUGCCGCUGAUCGCUGCACAGAGCGCCCAUCUGUCGCCCUCAAGCGCGCAGACGUUGCUCAAAACGUCCGCCUUUGAUUGAUCUUCGAGCUCAGAGACUCGCACGUCGGCCCUGCAGCAGUAGUCGGCCCUGCAGCAGUAGCUAGAUAGAGUGCAGCUGCUGGCGCUGCGCGCGGCAAGAUAGCGAACCAAUUGCGCGCGCGCCGCGCCCGUCACGGCACACCAGCGACGAUGGCUCUCCAGGAUGCGCUCCUCGAGAUCGGCAGCGACGACGAGGUGACCGUCGACGGCGAGAGCCUCGACGUCGCCGACAUAUUGAGGGCGCAGCCGACGCCGGACAAUUGUGGUGUUGAGGUCACGACGUGCGCGCGCCAGAGCGGCUGGUGCGCGACGCGCGCGCGCGUGCUGCGGACGCGGACGCUGCGCGUCCGCGACGGCGCCGCGACGGCCAAGCACCUGACGCAACUUUCAAAACGGCUGAGCCCCGACGCGCCCCACAAGGUGCUUGUUGUGGUCAAUCCGGCGGGCGGCACGGGCCGGGCCCAAAAAGUUUUCGAGCGGGACGUCGCGCCCGUCUUCUACGCGGCCAACAUCGAGGCCGACGUGGUGGUCACGAAAGCUCAGGGCGACGCCAUGGAGCGGUGCCGUGUGGUCGCGGCGGCGCCGCAGGUGACCUACGAUGGGGUGGUCGUGGUGGGCGGCGACGGCACGCUUUCCGAGGUCGUCCGCGGCCUCGCCGACGGCGCGUCGACGCUCGCGGACCCGGAGCAGCGCCUUCGAAGUAUAAGAGUGGCGCACUGCCCCGGCGGCACGGGCAACGCCUGCCACGCGUCCGUCGCGAGCGCCGGCGGCGACGUGAUUGGAAGUGCGGUAGACGUCGCCUACAACGUGGCGCGCGGCUUUUCCUGUUCCAUGGGCUUGGUAAGGUACGAGUUCGGCGAGAGGCGGCCACCGUUCAUUUCCUUUCUCGCGAUGGAGUGGGGCCUCGUCGCCGACGUCGACCUCGGGAGCGAGGGCUUCCGCUGGCUCGGGGCUUUGAGGACGACGCUCGCGGCCAUCUGGUACAUUUUGCGCCUGAAGCGCCACCGCGCCACGUUAUCGUGGCUGCCCUGCACGCAGCCGGCCCGCAAGGGCGGCCUCUUCGCGCCGUCGCGCCUGCCGCCCCUCGGCGCGCCGCUGCCGCCGCCCUGGCGCACGGAGCGCCGCGACGCGACCUACCAGCUGAUGAUGGCGUGCAACGUGAGCCACGUCGACGAGACGACGCCCAUGGCGCCGGCCGCGGGUUUGGACGAUGGUGCGAUACACCUCGUCUUCACGCGGCUGCGGCCGGGCUUCCUGGCGCGCGUCGACCUGAUCGACGGCUUCCUGAAAUUGGACGGCGGCAAGCACAUCCACAAGCGGAGCUUCCAGAGCCACCGCUGCCGCGCGCUGCGGCUCGUGCCCGCGGCGGACGACGACUCGCGGACUGGCCUCGACGGCGAAGCCGUGCCGUCGGGCGCGAUCCAGGCCGAGAUUUUCCCGGGCGCGCUGCGCGUCUUCUGCGCGGCGCCGCUCGCCGCGGCGCGGACCGCGGUGUCGCCGCCGGAGCGCGCGGCCUAGCUUCUCUCGCGUAAGGGUACUAGGUGGCGA